GGCACUACCUCUUUAAAAGCGUCCGGGGCCGAGCCUCUGCCGCACCAUGUGAUUGCUUGAAAGGCCGGGCUGGGAGCGCAGCGGCGGGAGCCUGGAGAACGAUGAGCCGGUGCGCGCACGGAGCCCAGAGCCCAGCCCUGCCCGGCGCGGCUCCGGAAAGCCGCCCCGGGAACUUAGGGCAACGCCUUUGAGACCCCCUACUGAUUGACAGGCAGGAUGGUGAGCUCCCGGCCUCCGGGUCCCUGGACACCUGUGGGCAUUGUGGAUGCAUAGGGGAUCAUUGUGGAGUGAGUGUACUGGGAGCCACCUCACACCUGAUACAAAAGCCAGUGGUGGAGUGAGUGUAGCUAUUUUAAGUUGCUGAAUGGAACCUCUGAGGACAAGGGGAGGGGACAGAGGUUAAGCAGAUAGUGAGGCUGAGUGCCUGGCCAGCCUGAGCAGGCGCUGCAUCUGCUAACUGGGGCACAUCUUCGCAGGGCUGCCUAUGUCCCCUCCUUCCCAGGCUGGCAUCCCCACCGCAGGCUUCCUGACCACAGGUGCUGGCCUCGUGCCCCAGGGCGCUUGUCUGCUGAUGUGCCCAGCUCCUGCCCACCAUGUCGCCCUACAUCUCGGCCUUCCAGGCUGCCUACAUUGGCAUCGAGGUGCUCAUUGCCUUGGUCUCUGUGCCUGGAAACGUGCUGGUGAUUUGGGCUGUGAAGGUAAACCAGGCACUUCGCGAUGCCACCUUCUAUUUCAUCGUAUCCCUGGCGGUAGCUGAUGUGGCUGUUGGCGCCCUGGUCAUCCCACUGGCCAUCCUUAUCAACAUUGGGCCACAGACCUACUUCCACACCUGCCUCAUGGUGGCCUGCCCUGUCCUCAUCCUCACCCAGAGCUCCAUCCUGGCUCUGCUGGCUAUCGCUGUGGAUCGUUACCUCCGAGUCAAGAUCCCUCUCCGGUACAAGACAGUGGUGACUCAGCGGCGGGCAGCGGUGGCCAUAGCUGGCUGCUGGAUUCUCUCCCUUGUUGUGGGCCUGACACCCAUGUUCGGCUGGAACAACCUGAGUCAGGUGCAGCAAGCCUGGGAACUUAAUGGUAGCGUGGGGGAGCCCGUGAUCAAGUGUGAGUUCGAGAAGGUUAUCAGCAUGGAGUACAUGGUCUACUUCAACUUCUUCGUCUGGGUGCUGCCGCCGCUGCUCCUCAUGGUCCUCAUCUACCUGGAGGUCUUCUAUCUGAUCCGUAAGCAGCUCAACAAGAAGGUGUCGGCCUCCUCGGGUGACCCACAGAAGUACUACGGGAAGGAGCUGAAGAUCGCCAAGUCGUUGGCUCUCAUCCUCUUCCUCUUCGCCCUCAGCUGGCUGCCACUGCACAUCCUGAACUGUAUCACCCUCUUCUGCCCCGCCUGCCGGAAGCCCAGCAUCCUCAUCUACAUCGCCAUCUUCCUCACUCACGGCAACUCAGCCAUGAACCCCAUUGUCUACGCCUUCCGCAUCCACAAGUUUCGGGUCACCUUCCUGAAGAUUUGGAAUGACCACUUCCGAUGCCAGCCCAAGCCGCCGAUGGACGACGACCUCCCGGAGGAAAAAGCUGACGACUAGACUCUGCUCUGCUCCCUCCAGCCCGCAUCCAGUGGCUCUCUGUCGGCCUCACAUCCCAGCUGCCCCACUGCUCCUGCUCAGCUCUCCCAGCUGGGCUGUGGGCUGUGGGUACCAGGGAGGCUCUGGAGAGAUGCCACAGAGUAGGGCCCCUUUUUACAAGGAGCCGAUUGCCCUGUAUCUUGGGGAGCUGGAGGAGGCUUGAGGGUGGGUCAGGCUAUGACAGGGAACAACUGGGUGCCCUGAGGUAAGAGAAAUGUCUCGAGUGCAGCUCAGAGAUCCAGGGCUAGAAUAUUCUGGUUCCUACAGUCAAACAGGGGAGCCUGCUGUUAGGUGUUGGUGGCCCAAGGGACCAGCUUCAAGGAGAGGAUAAGACCCCCUCAGAGGACGGAUGGAGAAGUUUGCUUUCUCUCCUGUACUGGAGGAAAAGACCGCAAAGCGCAGGGAAAGAGACCCCUCAAGGAUUUUGUGUUCCUGGCCAUACAGGUACUUUGAUGCUUGCAAAUCCAUACCCCAACCAGCCAGGGGCUAUGCUUGGAAGAGGCAGAAAGAAUGGGACUAGGGAUCUUCUCUCACAUUUUCUUUAUUCACAGCCCUGGACUUCCACUGGGCCUUUAAGCACUGGGGAGUUAAGCAUGGUCCAGAAGGUGCUGGCCUCAAAUCGCCAGCAGGGGGCAGUACUGAGCCCUUUUGCCCUGAACUUCCUGGAGUCCCCAAUGUAACUUGCUGUCUUCUGGGUCACCAACCCUCAGAGACAGGUCUGGAUUCUGCUGUCUUAGGUCUGGACUCUCCUGGAUGACACCAUCUCUGCUUCUGGUGGAAAGGACAGUUUUGGGGAGCAUUUGGCCUGAGUGGGGAGGGUGAUGAUGAAUGCAUCCAACGGGAACCCUUUCCACAUGGGCCCUCUUGGUGUGGAGCACGGCAGGCCAGACCAGACCAGAGGAGACAACUCUCUCCAGAGUGGAGGAUGGCCUUGAUGGCAUUUAAAUAUCCAAAAUGCUCCUGGGGAGCGGGGGACUAAGCUCAGUUUUUAGGGAGAUCAAAAGCUGUGUUACAAAUAGAGUAUGGACCAUUGUGGGUCUCAGUUAGGACCAAUCCGUACCCUGCUGAACCUGGAUCUCUUCCUUGUGUGGACAGCAGCAGGCAGGGGAGGGUGACGGGUUCGGGUGAUGGGUUCGGGUGACAGUAUUGACUCCGAGUCUUGAUUCCAGGCUCUUCCCUCAGUUGGAGGUAAGGCGUCCCUGGCUCUCAGGAGGUCCCUACAUCUAAUAAAAGAUUGGGAACCCUUGUGGAGAGUGCGAUGCUGGCACUACCCCAGCACUGUCAGAAGACCAUCUCAGAAGAGAAGAUGUAAUGGCGGGGUAGGAGGAAAGCUGGGAGAGGGGCGUGGAAGCAGAUGGAACAAGGAAGGCUCCAGAGAUGGUGUAUCUGUUGCUAUAGUGACACAUUUAGGGUAGUAUGUCUGAAAAAUGUCCCGAGCUACCGUGAGACCCGUCCUGCUGGCACUCUGCUCGUGGUGAUAGUGUCUCCCCCCGCACAGCAGCAUAGCAUACCCACUCGCCGCGACACACACCGCCACAGUGUGCUAUGACACCACACACAUUUAUUUGACUACUUCUCGCCAGUGUACAGCUCUGCAGGGGGUGCCAGUCUUUGCUCCUUUGGGGCACUCUUGUAACCCAGGAGGCCUGACCCCAGGCCUAACAAACCCAGUUCUUGGUCUGGACUCCAGCCUCUCAUGGAGAGAGGUCUGCAGGUAUCAGAGGCCCAUGAUCUUGGGUAUCCAUGGAGAGACAUGUUGGGCCUGGGGGCCUGAUCCUCAGGCCUGCAGAACCUGGCAGAGAAUGCCCUUCUGAGCCCUGGUAUGUGGACGGGUUGCCAGAGAGAUGUUGGGGAGCCAGAUGGAGAACCACCUCCACCCUUCUCUGUCCUUCCUCAGCCUCAGUUCUCAAUGCUGACCUCUCCCUAGUGUAGCUCUAGAGACGUCAUAGUUCUUCAAAGCCCCAGAGCCACCAAAUGCAGAAGUCAGGGCAAGGGCUGGGUCCCUACUACGAGAAAGGUGCAAAGAGAAUACCUAUGUUUACAAUCACUCAGAGCCGAGGCUAGACCCUGUCCUGUGACCACCCACUUCCCUUCCCUUGCGGACCUCACCAGCACUGCCCAGCCCUACACUGACGUUUCCAAACUGAACAUGAAUGCUAGUUGUCUUUGGCUGCAAAAUUGUACCCAGAUGUGUCUACUGCCUUCCAUCCCUACCCAGCCCCUCUCCAGUGACAUUUUGUGCCUGGGAAGUAGAUUUUCCUUCCCAGUCUCCUCUUUGACCAUGCUGUCACUGGAGGUAGCCAAAGGAAUGGGUCCCUCCACUCACCUGUCUCCUUGUCCCAGUCUCUGCCCAUAGUGCUUCUCAGUGUGUGGCGGAGGCUGAAAGAGAUCCUACAGGUUAGACCCUGAGAGGCUUGAGGUCAAUGAUUCCCAGUGCUCCAGUCCCCAACUAGAGAGAGUGUCUUCCCACCUGGAAGUCACACAAACUCUCCUUGACCCCUCCCUACUCUUUGUCUCCAGUUACCACUCUAAGCUGUGUCUAGUCCAGCUCCAAAGAUGGGCUCUAUCUGUCCCCAGUGACAAAGAUGGGCUCUAUCUGUCCCCAGUGACAAAGAUGGGCUCUAUCUGUCCCCAGUGACUGGGAACUAAGGAAAUCUUCAGACUCCCACCUUUGACUUCCAACCGACAAUCCACAGAGGCCUCCCCUAGCACGUUGAUGGCCUUGCAAGUGUAGACUCCAGAAUCAAAGGGGCUGGGCUUCCGGAUCUCCAGGGUGCAGACCCCUUGUUCAGAAACUGCGCGAUACUUGGGGUCACCCUGGAUGUCCAUCUUGUUUUUCAUCCAGAUGAUCUUGGGCUGGAGGCAAGGACGGAUGAAGGAUAACAAUGUGGCAACAUAGUUGGAACCAGCUCUCAAGAGAUAGUCUCAACCCCACUGCCCUUGACGCCCCCUCCGCACCCAAGGCCCCUCACCUUAGGUGAUGCUCGAACGCUGCAGAAUAGCUGUGUGCUAUAGCCAGGAGUGGAGGUGUGGUCAGCCAGGGGCUGGGUGAACGACGGGGCUUCUGAGAAGUCUCGCUCAAUAAACCCCUUAGGUUUGGCAGUAAUGUCUGGGUUCAGGGGAGAAUUUGAGGUUAUAGGAGUGGAGGGGACUUCAGAACACUGGCCUCAACCCCCAAACUUUGGGAAGCUCAGCCUGGUCAACAUGUGGAAACUGUCAGAUACUAGAGAAAGCCUAGCUGAGCAGAGUUGAGGCAGGUCAGGAAGCGAACAGAGAGGAGUGGGCGGGCUGGAAAACCAGAGCCGCAGGGGAGUGCGCAGAAACCGAACAUCAUUCCAUUUCUGUCUGUCUUUGAGACCUGAGUAACUUUCCUCCAUUUUAAACACAAAACUCUUAUGGCUGUGCUGCUCCGACUGAUGUUCAAAAGCGUGGCUUCCAGGGUGAGUGGGAUGACUCAGUGGAUACGGGCGCUUGCCACCAAGCUCGACACUCUGAGUUCAAUCCCUGGGACCCAGAAGGUAGAAGAGAACUGACAAGUUGUCCUUAGAGUCCACAUGCGUGCAUGCAUGUGAACACACACUCACACGCAAAUAAAUGUAAUUAAAGUUAA